CCAGAGCAGCUCUUGCGCUCGCUCCCUGCAGGAGGAUCCUUGUGAUCAAGGAGUUCUCAGCAGACGGCCUGCACCCCGAGAGGAGUCUUGGUUUUUCCCUUGGGUGGCAUUCAGUGUGCAAACCCGCACGGCGCUGCUAAGAUGAUCCAGCAAGUCUGUGCCGCGGUUUGCACCGUCUUUUCUCUUGCUUAUUCUGGCUACUACCUGACCCAGCUGACUCGUCACUUCACGCGCAGAUGGAGGCAAGCCUGUCCUUUGGGCUCAGCAGCAGGGUCAGCACCUCCUCUGGCUCCCUCUCUUGUUGAGGAAGAGGCUGAAGAGGAGCAAAGGAGCACCAAGCCUCCACCUGCAGUCCCUCCACAGCCUGAACUUGCAGAGCCAGUGGCCAUCAAGAUCAUGUCACUCCAAGAGGAGAUGUCCGAGGAGCUGGCUGUCAAUGAAAUCCUGGUCCUGAGGGACAACAGGAAUCCCAAUAUUGUCACCUACUUGGACAGCUACCUGGUGGAUGCGGAGCUCUGGCUGGCCAUGGAGUUCAUGGACGGCGGCACGUUGUUUGAUGUGCUCAGGGCAGUGUACCUGGAGGAAGGACAGAUAGGCGCUGUCUGUCGGGAGUGCCUGCAAGGACUGCAUUUCCUUCACUGCCGCCAAGUCAUCCACAGAGACAUCAAGAGCGGCAACGUUCUCCUGGGCAUGGACGGAGCUGUCAAAUUGGCUGACUUUGGCCUCUGCGCUCAGCUCAGCCCUGAGCGCAGCAAGCGCAGCUCCAGCGUCGGCACUCCCAGCUGGAUGGCACCGGAGGUGGUGCGAGGAGAAGCCUACGGCCCCAAAGUGGACAUCUGGUCCCUGGGGAUCAUGGGGCUGGAAAUGGUGGAAGGGGAAGCUCCUUACCAGAGGGAAGCCCGUCUCAGGGUUUUUGAACUGAUAGAAAGGAACGGGCCCCCAAAACUGCAGAACCCCAGGCAGCACUCGGCUCUCCUGCGCGACUUCCUCCGCUGCUGCCUGCAGGCAGACCAGGACAGGCGCUGGAGUGCCCAGGAGCUCCUGCAGCACCCGUUUGUGACCUCAGGCGAGCCUGCCUCCAGCCUGGCUGCUCUGAUCACCUCAGCCAAGCAAGCGCAGGAUUGA